AGUUUCAUGGUUGGAAGAAACAGAGAUGAACGUCAGUGUAGCUGAUCUGACACGGUAAGCAGAGUCUGUCUACAGACUGUCCUGUGACAAAUACCCAUGUUGACUAGUUUCCUGUCAACUUGAUACAAGCUGCCAUCAUUUUGGAAGAGGGAACCUUAAUUGCCCCCCCCAGAUUGCCCUGUGGGCAAGCCUGUGGUACACUGUAGAUGUAACCAACCGUCUUAUUAAAUAGAAACACAGAACCAAUGCAAAGAAGAAAGCCAAGAAGUCAGAGCUAAGAGCAAAAACCUUACCCGUCCUCCUGUGGUGGUCCUACCUCUCUGAAAGAGAGCUACUUCCUGUGUUAAAGUCUUUAUAUAGACUUUAUGCUUUGCCUUCUCAUUGGCUGUAAACCCAACCACAUGACCGCCUCGUCACUGCCUGUCUGUACAGAUCUCCAGGUCUUCUAUGGUUGGUAUUGAGAUUAAAGGCGUGUGUAUCCAAUGCUGGCUGUAUCCCUGAACACAAAGAGACUUACCUAGCUCUGCCUACCAAGUGCUGGGAUUACAAGCGUACACCACCACUGUCUGGCUUUCCUAUAGCUUGCUAAUAGCUCUGACUCCUGGGCAACUUUAUUUAUUAACAUACAAAUAGCAUUUUAAUACAAAUAAAAUAUCACCAUAGUAUAUUUUCAUUUUUUUUUCUGUUUUUCUUUCUUUCUUUUUUUUUCAAUGUAUAACCCUGGCUGUCCUGGAACUCGCUCUGUAGACCAGGCUGGCCUUGAACUCACCUGUCUCUACCUCCCGAGUGCUGGGAUUAAAGACAUGUGCCACCAUGCCUGGCUGCAUUCUGUUAAUUGAAGAUUGAUAUUGGAAGGUCCAGCUCACUGUGAGUGGUACCACGCAUGAGCUAGUGGUCUCAGGGGGUACAAGAAGGCAGGGUGAGCAAACCAUGAAAGCAAGCCAGUAAGCAGCUCCAUGGCCUCUGGAUCAGCUCCUGCCUCUUGGAUCCAUCUUGCCCUGAGUUCCUACCCUGACUUCCCUCAGCAAUGGAGUAUGACCUGAGUGUUGUAGGCUGAAACAAACCCUGUCCCCCCAACUUGUUUAUGUUCAUUGGGGUUCAUGACAGCAAUAGAAUUCCUACCCGUGACACCAUCUUCAUUGUGAAUGCUGUACGUAAAAUACCUGGCACUCUGACUUCAUUUACUCUGAGAGCAAUUGCCUCCUUCCUAAAUUAUCUUUCUAUUCCUACUGCAAUGUCACUUCAGUUCCACUGACAUAUUCUGCUGUGUCCAGUAUUUCAGGACUUCCUACCGACUGGACCCAGGAAUAUGUACUCUGGUCAAUAGACAGGAGUCUUGGACGGAUCCUCCAACAUCUGGAUAAUGCAAGAUCAACACUUAUGGAGCUGAAUGUUUCAGAAUCCCGAGAUCUGACUUCUUCCUCCGUCUCUGACAGUGUGGUUCAGGAGAUUGUCCCACCCAGCUGUUACUGUCAAAAGGGAAAGACUUCUACUGACUACAGCAUGUCCUCUGCAUCAUUCAACAACAGCUCGAGCCUGUCUUAUCUUCCAAUGUUUCCUGAAGGGACAGCUUGGCAAUUCCAGAGCGAUAGUGGACCUGUUUCCUCCCAAAAGGAAGCAUCUAUGCCCAGGAGCCCUGGCACAUCCCUGCCUACUUCUCAGCUGACAGAUUCUGCGAAAUCAGAUCUUUCUCCGAAUUUGGCAGUUCUUCGUCCCUUACAAGCUCAAACUUCCUUUAUGAGCUCUAUUUUAGAAUCCUUAGAUCCUUGCGAACAAGAGAAAACAAAAGAUAAGAGAAAGACUCAUUUUGAAUCAAAUCAUGGGUCAGAUUCUGAUUUGGAUGAGAGUCCAGGACCCCUAGUAUGGGCUCCACUCCAGCUCUCUCCUUUGAUCAGAGGAGAACUGGAAGGACAUAUGUCUCAGAAGGUUUCUACUUUGCAGCAAGAAGUGGUGCCUCUGCCUGUGAAGAAAUCCUGGAACAUACUCAAUCAUUUGAUGGAUGUACAAGGAGUCCCUGAAGAAGAGCUCCCGAAAACUCAGUUUCCUGCACUCAUCCCUGUGGGGAUGUUGAGCAAAAUACCAACACAUCUCCAGAUCCUCCAUCAUUUCAUCUCCACGUGAACAUUGGGGUGAAUUCUGAAGUCCAUAGGACGGAAGCAAUCAUUUCACAGCCAUUUCCCUCAAACAGGCAGUCACAACCCGAGGAUGACCGCCAAGAACUUAGAUAUAAUCCUUUAGUUAUAUCAACGGGCACUCCAUCUCCCAGAAAUCUAGGAGUUAACAUAAUUCAGGAAGAACAAGCUUUAGUGAAAAAGGAUUCAAAGCAUGUGUUAGAGCCGAAUAUAGAGCAGAAGGUCAUAGGUCUUCCAGAAAAAAAGGGUACAGACACAUAAGGCACAACUAACUAAUGUGGAGCUGACACCCAAGAUACCACGUUCAGCCACUGACAGAAUAAAGGUCACUCCAUUGGCAUUGCUUCAGGUUAUGGACUUAAUGGGAAUAAUCCCAGAAUCACAGUCGGAGCUGAUAGACUCUGUGGGGUUUUCCCCAGAGCCGCCAAAUCAAGCAGAAACAGUGGGGAUAACUCCUCAGCCAUUAGUCAAGCAACUGAACCAAUAAAAGGAACCCUUCAUCAGCAUCAAACCACGGAAUUAAAGAGCAUGGCCUCAAGACUGAGUCAAGUCACAGAUAACCUGGAGGUAACUCCUGUGGCAUUGUUUCACGUCACGGAUUCCAUGGAGAUGAUUGACAAAUUAAGUCCACAUGGCAUAGAACCAGUAGGAGUAGCCCCACAGCCACAAUACCAAGUCAUGGAAUCAGUGAAGAUGGAUACAUUGCAUAACUAUCAAGCCAUAGGACCAGGAAGUAUGAGUCGAGGGCCACAGCAGACAGUUGUGGAAGCUGUGGAAAUGAUCCCCCAGCCUCAGCAUAAAGACAUGGGAACGCUGACCAUGACCUUGGGGUCACAGAAUCAAGCCUCAAAACACAUCAGGAUUACUCCCAGUCCAGUACAUCAAAAUGCAAUGGAAAUUAGCUCAAGUGCACUGCCUGAAGCCACUGAAGAUACAAAAGUGUCUCCAGGGGCAAAACAAGCCAUGGAUUUCAUGCAGAUAUUUCCACUAGGACAGCCACACAUUACUAAAUCUAGGGCUUUGAUCCGAGGCUCACAGCCUCCAGCUGAAAAUUUGACCCCAGUGUCAGCUCAACCAGAGUUCCGACUACUACUGUCCCAGCAGGAACUGUAGAAUCUAGAAGCGUACCUCCACAGCCACCAUCUAAAGUACUGGAACCAUCAGGAAUGACUGAUGACCUACUACCGUCAUGUCAGUCCCUGCAUGCUCUAAAGGUGACCCCACCAGUCCAGGCAUCUCCGACGGGAAUGAUCACACCACUACAAAUUGUAGAGCCUCAAAUCAAAGAGUCUCUGCAAUUGACUUCUGGGUUACAGGGUCAAGUUGAAGACUCCGUGGGGACUAUGCCACAACCUCAAGGCACAGAGUGUGUGUCACUGACUCCAAAGUCACAUCAUCAAAUAAUGGAAUCCAGGAAAGCAAUCCCAGCACCACCAGAUCAAGGUGCAGCACCUAUAGGAAGGGGCCAAAAGCAUCAAGUUCCAGAAGCUGAAGUAGUGCCAGUCAUACCACUGCUUCAGGAAAUGGAAUAUUUGGGGGGGGGAGCACAAUCCCACAGCCUAAGGUUAGGGAUUCAAUGGACUUUCCUACAGAACUACAGAAUGUAAAAUCUGAGCACCUAAUCCCGGAUCCAAGAUUGCAAAGUGUGAAAUCUGUGGACAUAACCACAGAUUUAGUCCCAGAAAUGGAAAAAUAUGGACCACCAACCUCAACAGUGGUAUGUAUAGAUUUGGCCCCAGAACUGCAUCAGCAGAAUACACAAUAUGAGGAAUUAACCCCCAUACCACAACUGCAAAGUGAGACAUCUGUGCCAUCGGCCCCUGAGUCUCAGUUUCAAGAUAUGAAAUCUGGCCAACUGACAGUUGAACCACAACACCAAAACAAAAAGUCUGCUGGGUUGGCGGCAGGUCCACAAUUGCAAAAUAAUAAAUCAGUACAUUGGAUCCCCGAUUAUCAGUCUCAAGGAAUGGAAGAAGCUCUUUCAGCCCUAUCACAGGACAUACAUUUAGAGACCAUCACUUGAAGCUAUAACAUCUGUGGACUUGGCCCCAGAACCAUGUUCACAAACAUUGGUUCUGAUAAGAUAGCCCCUGUACCAUUGCUUGAGGAUACAAAGACUCCAUUGGUAGAAGGUAGGAAUCUAAUUCCUGAGGCACUGGUGGAGAGUAUGGAAGUUGGUGAACUGAUCCCAAGCACAUACUUUGAUGCAACAAAAUCUUUAGAAGCGACCCCCAAACCAAGUUAUCAUUUCCUAGAACCUGAAGGACUGACCCUACAGCAUCCAGCCUCAGAAGCAAGAGUGACCUCUGAACCUUGCCAGCAGGUGGAAGAAUCUGCUCCGUUGCCACAAUCAUCAUUAGGGAUGACUCCAGCACCAUUGAGCCAGAGCUCAGAAUCUGUGGAGAUGAGCUCACCACCACUCCAAGAUACUCUUGAACCUGGGACCCAAGUUGUAAAAGAGAUGGAAGAGACUCCAGAAUCAGGAAGUGCAAUUAAAGAUACUCUGGAUUUGCUACUAGAUUCAGAAGUGCAAACUAUGACCUCAGGAGUGAUGGCCCCAGAGCCACAGCCCCCUGAUGUGAAGUUUGUUCAGGUGCCUCCAGAAGCGUGUGCAGAAGUUACCAACCCAUCGGAAAUAACUCUGAAACCAGAAUAUGAAGACACAGAGACCUUCAGAUUGACAUUCUCUAAAGUCGAUGAUACCCAGGGAACCAUCAUAGUGAGACCUCUGGAGUUUAGUCUAGAAUCAGGAGUGCAAGGUGAGAAAUCAGAGUCCUUUGCCCAAAAUUUGAAGUCUGCAGAAGUAGAACUACCCUUACAAGUUGUAGAACCUACAGUACUAACUAUAGGACAAAAACCACAUAUUAAAGAUGUGACCCCAAAGCCACAGCUCCACAAAGUAAAGUCUAGGCAAAUGGAUAGAGAUUCACAGUUGCAAAAUGAGAACUCUGUAAAUGUAAUACAGCCGUCAUCUGCAGGAGAGGUAGAUCCUGAAAAGACAAAACCAGAGCCAUGUCUACAAAGUUUAUCACCGAAGGAACGGAUUGAGGGAACACAGCCCCCAAAUGUGAAAUCUGUGGAUUUAAAUCUAGGCCCACAGAAGCUAAGUGUCAAAUCGAAAUUGAUUCCAGGGCCAAAAUUGCAAAGUGUCCAGUUUCCAAUGUUAUAUCAAGGGCUACUUCUUCAAGGGGAAAACCCAGUAAAUUUCAUCUCAGGCCCCCCACAUUAUGGUGUGAAAUCUCAUGAAAUCUCAUGAUGAAAUAUCAUGUUUCCUGGGGCCAGAAACCACAUCAUCAGAUUUUAUCCUGGGGCCAAAGCUUCCAGAACCACAGCCACAACCACAACCACAACCUGGUAAACCGGUAUACGUAAAUGUAAGACCAUGCUUGCAACAUGUGAGAUUCUCUGAUGCAAUCCCAGAGCCCAAACACCAAGGUUUCAAAUGUGUAACCUUCAUGCCAGGUGUUCAGCUUCAAGACAGGAAGCCUCAGGGAUUGAUGCCAGAAUCGUUUCUGCCAUUAAGCCAAGAGACACAGGUUGAAGAUAAGAAGCUUGUGAUGCCUCCGAAGUAUCAGAAUUUUGCAGCGUGAAACGCCCAAUCCCAGCCUCUGAACUACAACAUCCAAGAGUGAUAGCUAAGCAGGUCAAUCCAGGACUGUGGCACCAAGAUACCAAAUUUUCUGCGUUGGCUUCUAGGCCGAAACUACCAGGGGUCAGAUUUGGGGAGCAAACCCCAGGAUCAUUGUCUUAUGGUAUGAGUCCUAUGACUCCAGAGUUAGGGAUACACGAUCACAAAUCAGCAAAGGCAACUCCAGGGCUACAAGACACAAGGCAUGUGAGUUUAACUCGGGGCCAUGGCUGCAGGAUGUCAAAUUUUUUUAUGUAAUUCCAGGAACUCAACCUCAAGGUGUGAAGAUUUCAGAGUUAAACUCAGGGCCACAGUUAGAGUGUGUAAAAAUAUUUGAGUUGACCACACAGUCAGAGAGGCAAGGGAUGAAGCCAGAGUUAAUAGUACAAGAACCACUCUUUAAAGAUAUAAAAUAUGUCACAAGGAAUCAAGUACCAAACUUUGAAGGCAAAAUGUCUUAUAAACUAGCAUCUGAACCACAGAUACCAAAAGCAGAAUCAAAGAAACUGACUCCUGGGAAACACUUGGCAGGUGCAGAUCAUUCUGAGAUGAUCAGAAGAACAUAGGCACAAGGUGUAGAAUCUUCUACAUUGAUCCACAGACAGCAUUUGGAACAUAUAAAACCUGUAGAGAAGAUCACAGCCUCAAAGCAAGAAGAGUUAACGCCAGGGCCUCAUUUGGAAGACAGGAAAUCUAUGGAGUUAAGGUCAAAGUCAGAGCUGGGGAAAAUCAUAUCUAUGCUGUCAACCCCGGGGAUACAAGCAGGAGAUAAGGAAUGUGAGGAGCUGCCUCCGGGCUCCACCCUGAAAGGUUUAAAAUAUGAGUUACCCCCUUCAGCACCACAGUUAGAAGACAGGAAAUCUGCAGUCUUAACUGUAGGACAAUGUCCAGAGAAAAAAAUCUACAGUGAUAUCCCCAAGUAGUUCCCAGUUAGAUGGUAUGAAAUCUGUAAAGCUGAUUCCAGGUUCAAGAAUUCAAGAUUUGAUAACUGUGGGGUUGGCCAGUGAUGCACGUGUUCAAGAAGUAAAUGCCAUGCGCUUAGAACUUGAACCAAAGAAGCAAGGGGAGAGUCCCAUGACUUUUGUACCAGGGAUGCUGUUUCAAGACAAGCCUAUGGAGGUGUUGAAAGGGCCUCAUCUACAAGAUGUAAAACCCAAGGAACUGACCUCACGGCCACAAACACAAGAUAGCAAAUGUGUGAUUAUCUCAUGUCUGAAGCAGCAAAAUCUAAAACCUGUGAAUAAAGCCAAAACACAAGGGAUCCAAGAAGUAAAAUUCAUGGAUUUAGUCUCAGCACAACACAACCAUGGAUUUAACUCUUGAGGCCGGACAGGAUGACCACAUAAGCUCAGCAGAGUGAAAAGGUGGGAUGUUCGGCCACCUGAACAAACAGUUGGAGUCAGAAGAAAUGCUGUCUAUGGGGUCAGAUCAAGAACCCAAACCUGCAGGUAGAAAACCCAUAGAGCUCACCUCUAAACUACAAUGUAAAGAUGCACCCUCAUUUGAAUUGGCCCCUGAACCAGUUCAUAAUGUAAAAGCUCAAGAGGACCAAUAUGGGCCACAGGUGCCGAGUAUGAGACCUUGUCCAUUGACUCCAGAAUCACAGGUGUACCAAGUGAAAGACUUGGAGCCAAUGUUAGAGCCACCGCUCCAAGAUGGGAGAACUGUGGCACUAAAUACUGAACCACAAAUUGGAGGUACAAAAUCUGUGCAGUGGAUUCCAGUAUCUGAGUUUCAAAGGGAGAAAUGUAUAGGGUCAAACUUUAGGUUACAGUCUCAGAGUGCCAGCCCUACAGAAUUGAAGCCGUCUACACAGCGGAGAGGUGUGAGGUCAUCUGAAUUGACUGUCAGGUCAAAAAUUCAAGGAGAAAAAUCCGGAGAGUUUCAUCUUGAGUCACAGUUACAGCAGGUUAGCACUAGGGCUGCAGAAAACUAAACCUUUGAACUUAACUUCCGAGCCACAGCCUCAAGGGAUCAAAACUGAUCAGCUAAACAAAGAGACACAGGUAGAAAGAUCUAUCCAGUGGAUACCAAGACCUGAAUUCCGCGGUGUGACAUUUACAGAAUCAAAUCAUGAGCCACCAUCUCCAGGUGUCAAAUCUACAGAACGGAAACCAUCCAUACAACUGUAAGGUGUGAAGACAUCAGACAUGGCUCUAGGGCCAAAACCUCAAGGAAAAAAAUCCGUGGAUUUUAACCUUGGGCCACAAGUAUAGUGUGUGAAGACCCCUGAGUUGUCCCCAGGACCAGAGCUACAAGAAGGGGAAAUCAUCACAUCCACCUCAGAGCUACAGUCUCAGUGUGUGAAAAGUGUGGCAUUACUUCAGGGACACAGCUUGAAAAUACAAAAUCUGUUCUUUGGAUACCACUGUCUGACUAUCAAGUUAAUAAAUCUACACUGAAUCUUAGGUUACCACCUCAGGAUGUCACAGCUAAAGAGUUAAAACCCUCAGUACAACUAGAUGUGAAGACAUCCGAUGAGUUGACUACGAGGCCAAAGUCACAAGGUAAACAACCUUCAGGGUCAACCCAGGAACAUCAGUCUCAGAGGUCCAAAACUACUGAUUUUAAAUCUGAGUUUUAGAAUUAUGAAAGCAUGUGACCCAAAGUUAAGGUCAAAGAUCAAUAAUAUAAAAUUGACAUUCAAACCCAGGUUUUGCUUAGAAGACAGGAGCUCUCCUGGAUUAAACCCUGGAAUACAGCCUCAAGAAGUGAAUCCCUUAGGGUCAUCCCCAGGAACACAGCCUCAAACUGUGACACCUUCAGUGUUUAAACAAGAGUCACAGUCCUCAGAAGUGAAAUAUGGAGCAAUAAGCCAAAGGCCACAAUCACCAAACAAUGUAGAGUUGAAAUGUGGAAAAUCUUCUGAGUUGGCACUUCAGGCAAAGCCUCAAGGUAUGAAAUCGGAGAAGAGCUCUGGGUCCCAGUGGCAACGUGCAAAAUGUUCUGACUUGACACCUGAAACAGAGUCCCCAAAUAUGAAAUGUACUAAGUUAAGUCGCAGCUCACAGUUGAAAGGUAAAGCAUGUAUUGAGUUAGCUGCGGGUACCAAAACUCAACGUGUCAAACUAGGCUGUAAACCUGGGCCACAGUGGCAAGGUAUAAAAUCUAACUCAUUUCUGAGGACAAAGCCUCAAGAAAUGGAAAUGGAAGACUGGGAAUCAGGCCCACAGUUACAAGAUCUGAAAUCUUCAAGGACAAUCAUGGGUAUAAAGGUCCAUGAUGUCAUGUCUGUGGACUUUGGUCCUGGACCACACUUACAAGGUAUGACAUCUGAAGUCAUUACAGGGAAGAGGGUUCAUGGUAUGAAAUCUGUAGAAGAAAAACCUAGUUCAAAGUUACAAGGUAAGAAACAUGAUUUCACCCCGAGGAAGAUGUCCUUAGGUACAAAAUCUGUAGAGCUGGACUCAGGCCCCCCUUUACAAGAUUUGAAAUAUCCUGAGCUGAUCAUGGGCAUGAAACUUCAAGGUGUGAACUCUAUGGGACAACAUGUCACAAGUAUAAAAUCUUCUGAGGUGGUAACACAGAUAAAAUCCCAAGGUGUGACAGCGGUAGACCUCAAUUCUGGACCACAGACACAAAAUAAAAAGCCAUCUGAGUUGGUUCAAGGGAAAAGGCUCCUAGCUAAGGAGUCUGUAGAGUUUAAUCAAGGCCCAAAGUUACAAGGUGUGACAGUGGAGUCCAAGCCCCCAAAUGGGGAAUCUGGGAAGUUAAACUCAGGCCCUCAGUUACAAGAUGAGAAAUAUUCUCAGUCAAUUCUGGGGACAAAGCUUCAAUAUGGAAGAUCUAUGGAGGUCAGUCCUGGCCUAUGCUCACAGGGUAUGAAAUGAAGUCUUCCAAAGUGAUUUCUAGGACAAACUUCAAAAAGAAAAACCCGUAGGCUUUGUGUAUCAGCCACUGUGGCAAGAUGUAAAAUCUUUAAAAUGGACAUUUGGUAAGGCACUUGACAGGGAACCUUUGCAGUUGGAAACCGCUCAUUUACAGGACAGGAAAUUAACUAUGCUAACAUCAGAAUUACACCUUCAAGGUAUGAAACCUGAGUCAGUCAACUGUGUAUCAAAGUUGAAAGGUGUGAAGUCUGAGCCCACAUAUAUCCACACAAUGAAGGAUACAGGGAUCAAUCAUGGUUCAGAAUCACAGUUUGUGGGAUUCUCUAAGCAGGCCUCGGACUCAAAGGUUUAUAGCGUGGUUCCUUCUGAACUCAAUGCCAGAAACCAGAAGCGAGAUCGGAAGUCUCACAAAUUAAGUCAAAAGCAACAACUUCAAAAAAUAAAACAAAUAUCGUUCAGGGAUGAGCCACAUUUACAACAUAUCAAGUCAUCAGAAUUAUGUACAAAGCUUCAAGACCUGAAAUCUAUGGAAUUCAAUUCAGAGCAACCGUUGCAAGAUGUGAUGUCUUCUGAGUUGGGCCUGAGAAUAAGUCCUCAGUCUUUAGACGGCAACCCUGGGCCACAUUUGCAAGAGAUAAUACCUUUUGAGGGGCGCACAGAAACCAAGUUUCCAGAUGAGCCAUCUCCGGAAUUCAAGCGUAAGCCUAGACUGCAAGGUAGGCCAUCCUGUGACCCGAGUGCAGGGCCACAGAUUCACUGUGAAAAUGUUAUGGCAUCCAACACCGGAACACAAAAUGUAGAAUUGUCUGAGUUGCACCCUGGUCCAGACCUUCAAGGUAUAAAAUCUAAGGUGUUCUGCCUUGGACCACACUUGGAAGAUGUGAAUUCUGCAUGCACUCCCAAUGCAAAUUCUCAAUAUAUAAACACCAGUGGGUGUAAACGUGGGCCAUAUUUGCAAAAUAUAAAUUCCUCUGCUUGCAUCCCAGAGCCAGACCCUCAAUGUAUAAAAUCUGUGUACAAUCCUGGGCCACAUUUACAUGGAAUGAAUUCUUCUGCAUGCAUUUUAGGACCAAAAUUGCAAGGUGUAGAUUAUACUGGGUGUAUCCAUGAGCCAAACUGGCCAGAUGUAAAUUCUUCUGUAUGCACCCCAGGGCCGAGUCCUCAGUGUAUGAGUUCUUCUGUAUGCACCCCAGGGCCUAGUCCUCAGUGUGUGAAUUCUUCUGCAUGCACCCCAAGACCAAGUCUUCAGGGUUUGAAUUCUUCUGUAUGCACCCCAGGGACAAGUCCUCAGUGUGUGAAUUCUUCUGUAUGCACCCAAGGGCCAAGUGCUCAGUGUGUGAAUUCUAUAUGUACCCCAGGGCUAAGUUCUCAGGGUGUGAAUUCUUCUGCAUGCACCCCAGGGCCAAGUCCUCCCAGUGUAAAUUCCACUGAGUGCCAUCCUGAAGCACAUUUGCAAGGUGUGAAUCAAUGGGCAUCAAUUCUAGGGCCACACAUUCAGUGUGUAGGUUCUACUGGGCGCAAUCCUAAAUCACAUUAUCAAGGUGUAAAUCCUUCCUCAUGCACUCCAGGGCAAAACCCUCAGUGUGAACAUUCCAAUAGGUGUAGUCUUGAGCCACUUCUUCUUGAUAUGAAUCAUGGUAGAACAUUUCCAGCACCACAAAUUAUGUGUGUAAAUCCUGUUUGGUGCAAUACCAAAACACAUUUGCAAGAUGUGGAUUCUUCUGCCUGUACUCGAAGACAAGAGUCACAGUCUGUAAAUUCUACCGGAUACAACCCUGGGCCACAUUUACAAGCCCCGAAACUUCAAGGUAUGAAGUUUUCUGAGUCGAACUCAGGGACAGGAAUUCAAGAGAUACCCUUAAUAGUUAACAAAGGACAACACGUGCAAGACCUGAAGUUUGAAUCAAUUCCAGGGUCAAAUAUUAUAGAUGUAGCACCUGUGGAAUACAACCCUGGGCCACAGGUACAGUGUGUGAAUUUUCCUGAAUUGAAUCCAGGAUUAAAAUUACAAUGCAUAAAUCCAUCGAAGCUUAGUUCACGGGCACAGUUGCAAAACAUGAAGUCCUUUGAGUUGAUGCCUGGAUCAGAAUCUCAAUGUCCAAAAUCUGUUCCGUUGAAUUCUGGACCACCUUUUCAAGGUAUGAUGUCAUCUCACUUAAUGGUAGGGGCAGAGUUUCAAGAGAUCCCAUUUUUGAAGAACCAACUUGGGUCGUGGCAGGAAACUGCACAACCCACAUUUACUUUGAGGCCUCCGUCAAAUGGUGUGAAAUCUGUGGGAGUUUCACCAACCCCACUGCCUGAAGAUAGAAUGUCUCCAGAGAUGAGCAACCAGCCAUUGCUUUGUUUGACAAAUUCUGUAAAAGUGACACCUGGCUGCGGUCUGCAGGACGUGAGAAGUAAGGAAUCUUCACCAGAACCUUGUUUUCAAAAAGUUAAAUCUGUGAAGUUGAAGCCAGGGUCACCGACUCCAAGUGUGAACCCUUUAGAGUUCGCUCCACGCCACUGUUCUCAACGUACUAAGACUUCCUUUGCACCGAAGCCGUGUGUUCAUGAAAGAAAGUCUAUGCAGCUGAGACUAGGCUCCCAACAGCAAAGCAUGGAUUGCCAACAGUUUCCUUUAAAUGAGAAACCAGUGGCAUCGACCCCAGAGUCCACCGGAAACUUCUUAGCAGGCCCAGCACUGUCUAGUGUCAAAUUUUCAAAUUUGAUUCCGGAAUCACAGCAACAGUGCAUGAAAUCGACGGAAUUUACUUCAGAGCCGAAGUGGCAAAGUGUAAACCAUGUGAAAUUGUCAUCGGUGUCUCUGCCACAAACUGGAACCUCUAGGGGGUUAUCACCAAGACCAUUCCUUCAAAAUGUGACACCUGGGAACCAAAAUCCCCAAACACAUCUAUGUGAUCAAACCAUAGAAUCCUCUCAAGAGAUAUAUAGAGCAGGGCACCAGUUGGAGGACUAUGCUGAGAAGAUGAGGCACCAAGUCUCUAAAUUGGUGGAUAUUAUUUCAUUACCAGUUUAUCAAGAUGCGGGGUCUUCAGAAAUGACAAAAGGGUUGGGACAUAAAAGCCCAGAAACAACAGAGAAACCUAUGAGGUUGAACCCCAAACCAACAGAUCAAGGCCUAGAAUCAUUAGGGAUGCCUCAGCAGCUAGAUCUUCAAGGACCAGAAUCUGUUGAUCUGACUCCAACACUAAGUGAUCCAGAUUCAAAGUCCUCAGAACUAACCCCACAGAGAAGCUGCUGGAGCCCAGAAACUCUGCAGUUGCUGCCUUGUUUGUGGCCUCAAUUUAAAGAUGUCAAGGAGUUACCAACAGAACAAGCCACAGAGUCUGAUAGAAUGACCCUCGACCUCAAGAAUCAUGUUGCAGAAGUAAGGAUGCUAACUUGUGAGGUAAGACCAGGGAAAGAAUUUCUUAGUGUGACUUCAAAGCCAGUAAAUAGAGAGACUGGACAUGUAGAAAAAUCUCCAAGGCCGUGUCCUCAAGACUUAGGACCUGUGGUGGUGAGCUCUGGGAAAAGAUCCCAAAGGGAACAAUCAACAUCAAGGCCAUCCUAUCACGUUCCAGAUUCUGCUUCAGGGAUAACACCAGGGCAAGGACCUCAGAUUCCUGAAUCUGUAAGUUUGACCUCUAAGCCACGGCUGCAAAUAGAAGAAUCCUUAGAUUUGUCAACCCAGCAAAUGAGUCAAGUUGUGGAAGAUACAGACUGUGAGGAGCUCACUUUUGAGUCAUGGCAACCAGGGGAGGAAGCAAGCAGGCUAACAAAGCCCCAGGGUGCAAGCAUGGGAACUUUAAACAUAACUCCAAUUGAAUCACUGGAUCAAAUGAUAAAUUUUAUAACGAUCAGUCCAAAGCAGCUAGGUCAAGGGACAGAAUCCGCAAAGACACGGCAUCAUGUUUCUCAGUCAGCCGCUCUCCCCAAAGUUUCCGAAUCUGUGGAAGUUAUCCCUGGACCGCCGUUUCAAGUUCUAGAAUCUGUGAUGAUACCAGAGCCAACUUCUCAAGGGUCAAAACAUACUGAUUUGACUCCCAAACUGCACGAUGUGAUAAUGUCAGAAUUUGCUUCAAGCCUUUGGUUACAAAAUGUUCAAUCCAAAAAAUUAAUCUCAGCACCAACACAUCAAAUUUUAGAAACAAUACAGUUGUCAGGCUUUCAAGUUAUAAAGACUAUAUUGGUUCCCAAACCACUGCUUCUGAUUGUAAAAUCUGAAGAGCUGGCUCCAGGACCAAAUCCUCAGGCUAUAGAACCAAUAGGAGUUGCCACAAAAUCUAGCAUUAAAGUAAUGGAUGGUUUGAAUUUACUCCCAAGAUCACAUCUUCAAGACAUGGUAAAACCUAUGGAACAAACUCCAAGGGCAAAUAUUCAAGAGAAUUUUGCAGAAUUAAUCUUAGAGCAAACAUCUCCACUUGAGGAACCUCCAGUAUUAACUCACGAGCAAAGGCUUCAGGCUGAAAAAUCUCUAGGGAUCAGAACAGAAUUUCCUAAAGUAAUGGAAAUUGAGGAUUUGAAUCAAAGACGGGUGUGUGAGGAUAGAGACUCAGAAAUGAUAACAUCAGAAAAGUUACAAGCACAUGAUUCCUUCUCUAGGUUCAUACCCAGCCCUUCAAUCCCAUUUAUUUCAAGUUCUGUCAAAACAACUGAGUUAGGACCCCUUCAGGGUUCUGGAAUGCCGGAGGUAUCAAGAGCCUUGGCUAUGAAGAACUUUGCUGUUGGUAUUUUGCCAUCUCCAGAGUCCUAUACAGACACUAUUAUGUUCCGUUCAUCAGCCCUUCCCUUGGUUCUUCCCUCUGAUAUUGGGAACACUGUGGGAACCCUAUAUCCUGACAUCUGGAAAAUGGAUGUCCUAUCCAAGGAAGCAACCGAAAAGAAACAAAUGGAAGAAUCUGGGAAUUCAUUCCAGAGCUAUUCUCCAUAUCCACUGAGAUUACUACCCUCGGAGUUUCAGGCAGGAUUAGGGGCUCGAAGAAAUUCUAUCCGUUCUUUCCUGGGUAGACAACAGAAUGUCUGGGAAAGUCAUGUCCGUAGGCAGUGACUCCCUAGAAAGUAUCUCUCCAAUAUGCUGAUGCUGGGAAAUGUUCUGGGAACCACUAUGGAAAGGAAGCUUUGUUCUCAGCCAUUUUUAAUGGAUGGAUAUCAAUUUAUUCAAAGUUUAUUUGGGGUUCCAGCUGAACUGAUGGCAUUUUCCCAGAGCCUACUAGAGAGGGGUCCUAGGACAAUUUUACAGACUUCAGUGGUCAGAAACUAUAUUCAGAGACAUAUUUUAUGCCAUGGUCACGAGAAAAGAAUGCCCUUAAAGAUGUGGACACGUGGAUCCACAUCUUCCAUAUUACAGCAAUACUCCGGUACCAGAUUGGGAAUAAAGAAAACAAACUCAAAACUAAGUGAUAUAUUCCAGGAAGUCACUCAGCAUGUGUCUGUCUCGUGUAUAAGGGCCCAGUUUCCUGCCUUAGUGAAGCCGGAGUCUUCUCUCAAGAUACUUUAUAAUAGGGAAGACCCUGUUUCCAGUGACCAGAAUAAAGACUCACAGAGUGAUUCACCGACAAGGACUUUUGACUCUCACCACUCCCUCAAGGCAAGUUGUCUUUCCCAGGCCGAGAGGGAUAUCUCAGAACAGCUCCAUCUGCUAAAAGAUCUACAGCUAAAAGUAGCAGCAAAACUCUUAGAGAGUCAAGUACCCCACAAUGUCCCUCCACCUUUCUCAUCGGGUCUUGUCCUGAAAUAUCCCAUCUGCAUGCAGUGUGGUCUAUGUUCAGGAGUUAAUUGCUGUCAUAAGUUACAGUCUGCUUUUGGUCCAUAUCUUCUUGUCUACCCACAGAUACACCUUUUAAGCACCCAUGAAGGCCAUGGUGAGAUUCGGUUGCAUCUUGGUUUUAGACUGAGAACUAGGAAAAGACCUCAAGUCUCAAAGCAUCGUGGGAGAAAAAGCAGAUACAUGGAAGAGCACUACAUCACCAUCACGAAGGAAAGCUAAAAUCUAUCCUCCAGCUUCCAAGAGGCCAACUACUCCAAGAGAUUUCCAGGCCCGAUCUUCCCAGGCUUCUGUACAAGUGCACAUUAGAAAAAAGCAACGGGGCAGCCAUGGGGUGGUCCGCCAGACAGACGCCAAAGACUCUGAGCACCAUGAAUUCCGUCAGCUUCACUCUGUAUCCGAGAGUGG